AUGUUUUUGAAAAUUGUUUUACUAGUCACAAAUAGGAUAUGGAAUCUAUUUCUACUAUUAAUAAUUUUGGAAAAUAUAUGCAUCGAUCCUAGACUACGAGCUGUGAAGUCCCAAGCAGAUGCAGCUAGUGCAACAGAUGAAUGUCAAGUGACACCUGUGAUACAUGUUCUACAAUACCCAGGCUGUGUACCAAAGCCUAUACCCAGCUUUGCUUGCAUAGGAAGGUGUGCUUCCUAUUUGCAGGUUUCUGGCAGUAAAAUUUGGCAAAUGGAAAGAUCCUGCAUGUGUUGCCAAGAAUCAGGUGAACGAGAAGCUUCAGUUUCAUUGUUUUGUCCAAAAGCUAAACCAGGGGAACGAAAAUUCAUAAAGGUUACUACCAAAGCACCUCUGGAGUGCAUGUGCAGACCUUGUACAGGAGUGGAAGAAAGUGCUGUAAUACCACAAGAAAUGGCAGGAUAUUCUGAUGAAACUCCUCUAUCAGGACAUUUUCUAAAAUCUCACCAAUUAUAA